CGCACAGCCCUUGUGUCUGCCAUUCUGUUGCACAUAUAUACAUAUUCUUCUCUUUACCAUUCCAACUUGUUUCCUGCUGCAGGUCUGGGCUUAUCAAGUGCUCAUUCACAGCGUCUUUUUAUAAAAACUGAUAUUUGGUUUUUGUCUUGUUUCAGUCGCUGCAGCUUUUCACAAUCAUGAAUAGCGAAUCUCCAAAUGGGUCCGAGAUCUCCAACUCGACUUGGAUAGAAUGGUUUCUUUCACUCCGUGGUAACGAGUUUUUUUGCGAAAUUGACGAAGAAUACAUUCUGGAUCGGUUCAAUCUUGCAGGACUCCAUGCCGAAGUCAAAUACUACAGCCAGGCAUUUGAACUUAUUACUGACUCUUUGGAGGACGAAUUAGAUCCUGCGAUGUGGGACGAAGUUGAAAAAUCUGCUCGACAUCUAUACGGUCUUAUCCAUGCCAGGUUUGUCAUCACCAACCGCGGCCUUUCCAAAAUGCUGGAAAAAUUCAAAGCUUGCGAGUUUGGGCGGUGUCCAAGAGUGUUUUGUCAUAACCAGACCGUUUUGCCUGUGGGUCUUUCUGACUCGUGCGGUAAUAAGGGUGUCAAGUUAUAUUGCCCACGAUGCGAAGAUGUCUAUUCCCCCAUUUCAAAGAAACAUGCUGCGGUAGAUGGUGCUUAUUUUGGUACUAGUUUGCCGCAUCUACUGCUCCAAAUGUUUCCAACUAUGGCUCCGCAAAAAACCAUUGAGCGAUAUGUGCCUAGGAUUUUUGGGUUUCGUUUACAUCAAUUUGCAGAAGAGCAGCGGAAACAGGACCAUAUUAGAGAGGAUAUAGCACGAAUGGCACAGGGAUUUGAAGAGUAACCCUGCUUUACUAGGAUGCGGUUGAGGGGUGCGUGCAUUAAACAGUGCAUUAGAUCCGAUUGUAGACAUGAUAUCUUUGGUCCUUUUCGACUAAUGUCAACCUAAUCGUCUGUUUUCUUCAGUUCAUCCAUUGGCUUGAUUUUCACCACUGCCAACAUUGUCUCUGAUAUUUGGUUUAUUCCUAAUUAUGCCAUUCAUCUCAUCUCUUGCAUUUGCACUCUACUUUUUUUCAUUCGCUCCUAAAUUUGUUCGAUAUUUACUACACAUUAAACAUAUUUGGAUUUCAACGU